UAAUUGUAUCCGAUAUAAACGCCUCAAACGGUAGUAAUGUCGGCAUAAACGAAAUUGCGUCUCCCAACGACCGGUUGAGAUUGGAACCAGUCGAAAGAUACAGAUCUACUCUUGGGAUACAGGGAAAGUUGUAAGGAAGCUAAGUAGUCGAAUAGAUUAGAAGAUGGACCGAGCUUGCUGAUAUUGAGUAAGAUGGAUUUUAUUCUCAAAUGGAAUCAUGAUGUGAGUUUGUGAAAGCUGGAACUUUGUUGUCUUCCUGCCCAUGAUGCUAAAGGAGUCAGCAUGAAGAACUACCAGAAAGGAGAACAACAUUCUGCACAGCUACAUCAUCAGGAAACUUGAAGCAUUAUUUUCUUGUUUGAGUGGAAGCAGUAUUCAGGAGACAUAACCAUGGGUUGCACACACUCGAGGUCGGAGGACCUCUAUAAGAAGUCCAUCAUCAACUCAGAAACAUUUAUUGGCAGUAUCACCGAGACCCCAGGGUACUUCAGUCGGACUGUCCACACCUUGGACUUCCUGGAAAACAAGUUCCCUAAUCCAACAAGAACAGAGAUGUCCUAUACUGGGCCCCCUUCCCACCUUCAGAACUCCAUCGACGUCCAUCCAUUUUGGAGUGAGUUUGGGCGCGAGUUUCAACCGACUGAUCGCUACAAUGACAUGUCGAAUGGUGAUGUCCCGCGAGGGUUGCUUCCUGGAACAGACACAGCCCAGGAGAUGAGAAAUCUUGAACAAAAAGAAUCAAUGAAAGAGUUGCGGAACCAGGUGAAGGCCAAGUUGGCCCAGGUGAGGCCGAUCCCAGAGGAAGAGCGGGAAGAACCGUCACAACCGCUGCCUGGUCAAGGUAUGGACGAAGUGGACUCUGUAAACAUCCCACCGCUGCCACCGAGUGAACCCGUCCAGACAAAAUCAUCAGAAUCAAAGAGACCGGAAUCACCGAAAACAAAAACGGAACAAUACGCUUUAAACACCUCAGACAGUACUUCGGAUAAGGACGCAGGAAGUUUCCAAGCAGAGAGAGCGGCCUUGGAUCUGUUGGACUCUGUCAUUAUGGAUAGCAUGAACCUUGAGGAUGAAGAUGACGAAGAGGAUGUUGUUGUGACUCCUCCAGUCAUAGAGGACAGCAAUUGGUCGCUCGGUACAGAGUCCUUCAUGAAAGUCGAAAUGCGCAGGCGGAACAUGGACAAGCCUGUUCCAGGCGUGAUGCUUGACACCAGUAAUAGGAACUCUCAGAAUGUUCUUCGGACAUCCAUGUACUUGCCGGAUGCAAAUUUCAUGAAUCCGCAUAGCGCAGCUGCUAAGUCCACCCAAAAUACGUCCGUUCUGGCCUACAGGCUCGAAGCGGACCAUCGAAAUGCUCUAGACAUCCGACCCCGACCAAAGAGCUCACUUGGUUUUCCAACGGACAAAUCUCUCAGCAAUGGGCUGGGUAAUAACAGUAUUGAUACAGGAGUGUUUUCCGACAGCGGAACAACGAAUAGUGCAUCAAGCAACGACAGUGGGAUCGGGUCGGGAGGGGGUGUGCGAGACUUGGUGAAGAUUUACAACGAACAGACGCGAGCAUCGAUAGUGGAACCGUCUUGGAAGAGGCAUUCAGCUAACCUUGAUGAUUACGGAAGAGGUGCGCAGAGCCGAAUUGAAAACUUGCCAAAGGACAGCAACCCUGUGCCUAAGAACUCCGCCAUCCUGGAUGAAAUUCGUAAAGAGCUUCAAUUGAAUCUCUCAAGCUAGAAAUAUCAAUUUUGUGAUGGUUUUUUAGCGAAGCAUGACUAGGUCCAAGUCUGUCAUGCGGGUCCACCAAAUACUUUUGAUCUGAUUUCUGUUUACAACGUACCCUUUCCAUUCCAGUGGAAUGGCCUAGUGCUUGUAGAACAACUCAGUGUACCUUUAUUUUUAUAGACCUAUAAGGAUUUGUGGUCUUUUUUAUAAUAGCUUUUAUAAUCAAAUGAGCUCUGGAAUCUGAAUUUGCAUGUGGUAUGUUCCAUUUUCUUCUGCAAAUAUUUCAGUCUCAUUGCUUCAAUAAUAAACAGGUCCCAAACUAUUCUGAACACAUUUAGAAAUCUAUGACACUUGCUGUUUAAAGUAUACAUGUAGCCAAAAAUCCACCUCUGUUUACAGGUUCAGGUUUAUUUUAUAACAUCUUGAAACAGCAGUUCAGCAUCAGCAUUGUUUUGUUAAUUUGUAAUCUAUCCUCAUCAAUAUUUUGACAAUUGGAUGUCUUUACAAUAUUAAUACGCAUGUACAUCAAUCUGUAAUUAUGCAUGCACAUGUAUGAACAGAUGUUAUUUAUACUCAAAACUAUUAUUUACAUGUACAUUGUGUGUAUUGAUUUUGGUGUAAUACAUGUAUUCAGCUUUUACUGUACUUUUAUUUAUUGUGGGUGUAGAAUUGUGGUUGAUCAUUGUCCUACAUUUUUUGUAUUCCAGGUAUAUGUAUUAAUUUCCAUCUCUCUGAGGUAAAAAGCUUGGUGGUAUGUGUACAAUUUAAGUUGUCUAAAAUUUCGAAAUUCUAUAUAAGGGAGACUGUUCUUAAUGACAGAGAUCAAUUGAAUUUGAAUAAUAUACAGGCGUGUUCAUACGUGUAUAUAUUGCAAUCACGCUCAAUUCACCCGUUCAUUGAAGUACACACUGUCAUGUUGUGUGAACACAGUUUGUUCAUAAUGUGGACUAUUUAUGUGUUAAAGUAUUAUUCACAAUGCUUAAAAAAUGUUCGAAUUCAACAGUGUGAAGAUAUUUUCAUACUGUGGACACCUCAACAGUGUGACUGUUCACAGCGUGUUCACAUGGCCGACUAUGUGAUUCACACUCACUGUUGAAAUGUUAAAAUUCAACAGUGUGGAUAUAUUUGCACACUGUGGACACCAGUGUGACCGUUCUCAGCGUGUUCACAUGGUGGACUACAGUAUGUGAAUACAUGUAUGUGAUCCACACUGUUGAAAUGUUCAAAUUCAACAGUGUGAAGGUGAUUUCACAUUGUGUUCCACACUUUAAACACACUGUGGCACAGUAUGUGUUUUUCCAGUAGGAACAUGGCUACAAGUAUGUAAAUACAUUUAUGCCAGUACAGUGAAUAUGCGUGCAUAAGUUGUACUGUAUGUACAAGUACAAGGUGUACAGUAUUUCCAAGACAGUGUGGAUGACCCCUCCGUAAUGACAAUAAGUUUGUGUGUUAAUACGCGUAUUUAAUUAGCUUGUAAGCAUUCCAGUGAAACAUCACCUUUAGCAUUAUACAAUGUAUGUUGUAUUGCAUUCACAUAAAUGGUCUGUAGGGGUAUUCAUUUUUUUUUUAUUUGAACAACAGUCAAAGCUACACAUGAAGACCUCUCAAGGGAGACGUGAAAAGUAGUCUUCAUGAUCAGGUGGAGUUAUUGGACAGGUUCUUGCGAUACAUGUUUCACUCUUGCUUUGCGUUCAUGCCAGUACCAGCUAGUUUUUCUAUCAUUAAUAUGGGUCAUUUUUUUUUUACAUUAUCAUUGUAUACAAUGGACAUUGCUGACUAUGAAAAUAACAGUAUAUUGUUUGGACUUUGAAAUAAAGAUGAAUUUGAUUUUUACCUUUUUUUUCAUAAUGUUAAUGGACUAUUGGAGAUAAGCAGGGAAUUGUAAUUAGUACAUUCAUGGUAUACAAUCGUAUAGUUCACGUCAACAGAGCUAGAUAUUGCUUUAGAUAGGGUAUAUUUUUCGAAAUAAUUUUUCUGUACACACCCUUGAGGGGAAAUCAAUUUCUUUCCUAAUUUAGACCGAAAUCAGGGCUAUUUUUCAAUCAGAAAAGUUGAUAAUUUUCUUUAGAGAUUAUGCUUUUCUGCAAGAUUGGAACAAAGUCUGAACAUGCCUAAAUUUCAUGAUUUUUUUUUACAUUAUUGUUAUGGGUAAUUAUUAUUGAACAGAACACAUUUUUUUUACAGAUGAAGGUGCUAUUACACAUACAAAUAUAGUUUUGGUCUUGCUUAGGUGACUGUUUUAUUUGUUUGAAUUAAAAAAAUUGUGAAGGUCUUUAUUAGCCAGCCUUUUUAUAUUUUGUAAUCAAUAGAAUUAAAAAUCAUAUGGUUUUGGUUAUGAUCCAUAAAUUUCAGAAAAAGCGAAUGACAUAUAAGCUGCAUUUUUAUACAUACAUAUAGGUCAUGUUUUAUUUUUCUUUCCAUUUUUAAUCAUCACCAAGUGUGAAAGCCUCCAGGACCACUAGCAUUACAGAACGGUCUGUUGUUGUUUUUUAUAUUAAUUUAUAGUAUAAUCAUUGAUAAAUUAUUUUCACUCUCAUUUCACUAUAAACCAAGUACAUAUACAUGAGACUCUGAACUGUAAUUGAUUGUAGCGGGAAUGAUGUCAAGAUUUAGAUGUUGGAAGUUUGAAAAGAUAGUUUGAGGUAUACUUCCCCUGCAUUUAAGCCGAAAGUUUAUAAUGUCAAAUCACUUUUUUGGGACAUUAUGAUAAUUGUCAUUAUAAUAGUGCAACAUUUAUUGAAGACAAUUCUUGUAUGUGUUGCAUGAUCACCCCAGCUAAGCUCAGCUUCCCUGAAAAGAUACUAAAGCAUUCAAGGAAUUGUUUCCUACCAGGGGCCCCGUUUCAUAAAGGACUUGCAACUGUGGUAACUUUGCCAU